AUCUAGACAGCAUUUUCGACCAUCGCAUGCACGUUCCGAGCCAGCUGCCCUGAAAAGCUGCAAGCAAGCAACUCGCUAGGUUUGAGUCACGGUCAUUUUCUGUUUUCAAACAGGGCUGAGCUCAGAAUAGAUCAUUGAAUAGUAGGCAUGACCACCGAGGCCGAUAUUGCCGUGAAAUUCAACCCGCCCGACUAUAAGAAGCUCGCGCGGCUGUACUGUAUGAAUGGAGGAUAUCACCUUCAGAUCCUGGCGGACGGGACAGUGGCUGGAGCUCGAGAGGAAAACAUCUACAGCAUACUGCGCAUAAAAGCAACAAGUCCAGGAGUGGUGGUCAUUGAAGGAACAGAGGCAGGACUUUACCUCUCUAUGAAUGAAGAUGGCAAGCUGUAUGCUUCAUCAUUAGUAACGGAUGAAAGUUUUUUCUUGGAGAGGAUGGAGGAAAACCACUACAACACAUAUCAGUCUCAAAAGCAUGGUGAAAACUGGUAUGUCGGAAUAAAAAAGAAUGGAAAAAUGAAACGUGGCCCAAGGACACACAUUGGGCAGAAAGCUAUUUUCUUUCUCCCACGACAGGUGGCCCAGGCAAAGGUCUGAGGCCUGAAACCUGAUAAUGUAAUCAGCAUAACCAUAAUCCACUGUCAAGUCACAGGCUUACUCUACAAACUACACAUAA